AUGCGCGUGGACCAAAGCUUGACCAUCCCAAUCAACAACGUCCGUGCUCAACAAGGACAAAAAAUGAAGCGUAACACAAACCCGGAGGACGAGUGCCGUUACUAUUUCGAAAUAGGGCAAUUUAAGGCUGACUGUGCGACGAGAGCCAUUGACCAGGACAAACAGAGAGAGGGCAGUCCAUUAUAUAGGACUGACAUUAAGACUGCUCCGGGUGCUACAAGGGAUCGGAAGCGAAAAGGUGCCACGCAGCUAGAGGAGAGCAUGGACAAAGAGGAUGAUGUUGAAAGUGAAUAUCUUGCGUGCCACGAUGAUGAUGACGCCCCUAUGAUUGAGCAAGGAAGCGAAUCGCCAAUGGAUUUGGACAUGAUUGAGCGAGAGGUAAGGCAAAAGAAUGACGUAUAUCUAAGGAAGUUAGAAACAACUCAGGCCAACUGA